UUUGUAAAACCCACAAUUACACGUAUCCAUUUCUUCCCUCCUUUAUAUUGUCAAUCCAAACUCAUCCCAAUCUCUAUCCCCACGCAAUCCUCUCUCUCUCUCUCUCUCUCUCUAUUUCCUCAUAUCAAAAACCCAGAAAAAGGCCAACCAAAAACAUAAUCAUCCUUUUUUUCUCCUGCAAAUUUUCCCAAGAAAGUGACACACAAGAAACAAUGAGAACCCCACCAACCGUACUACCUCCACCACCAUCACCAUCUUCGUCGUCAGCAGCAAGAGCAGCUAUAGUAGUAUCAGCAGCAGCAACUCAUAUAAUCCAUCUCUCACCUCCAUUAACAUCAUCUACAACAACCCCAACAACGACAUCAAAUGAACCUCCUCAUCAAAUCCGGUGGAGGCAUUAUUCCGGGACCAAAGAGUUCGAAGCCAACGCAGCUCUCGUCCUCAUCAUCCUUCUCUGUGCACUCAUUUGCGCUCUCGCUCUCAACGCCUCCAUCCGCUGCUUCCUCCGCGGCGGUGGCAGCGGCGGAGGCAGCAGCGGAGUCAGUGGCAGAGGCGGAAACAAUAGCGGCCAAGUCCAUUAUCAACAUCCUCGUAGCAUAAUCGAACUCGUUGAGCAUCAGCAAAAGACUAAUGGAGGAGGAGGAGCUCCAUUGGAAAGUGCUCCGGCUUUAGUUUACUCCGCCGGGAUGAAGACGAAGCUCGCCGGGGUCGAAGCCGAAUGCGUUAUAUGCUUGUCGGAGUUCGUUGAAGGAGAAGAGAUUAGAGUUCUUGGUUGGUGUAAACACGGCUUCCAUUCUCAGUGUAUUCAGGAAUGGUUUUCUUCACACUCCUCCUGUCCUACUUGUCGCCGGAGCUUCCGUCCUCCGUCUCCAUCACGGUCCUCCGCCGUGCCUGAAAGAGCUCCGGUCGGUGAGUUUCUGACUGGUGUAUAAUUACAGUGUUCAUAACUGUUACAGAUAAAAUGGUAAGGUUCAAUCCCCAAAAUUAUAAAGUGUACAUUCUUUGGUUAAUCUUUAAGAAAAAGGCGAAUUUAAUGUCUUUAAAUUUAAAUUUAUCCAAAUUAAUUCC